CUCGUCGCCCCCGCUCACAGUGUGAUUUAUGGGGACGUCCGGCUCCUCGCUUCCUCAUCCAGACCUCCCACCACCUCCUCCGCAUCCUCUCGCCCUGCUUCCGUCGGGCGCGCGAACGCGAGCUUGUCCGCCACACCCGCCUCGUACGUGCGAUACCCUCCACCGCCUCAGCCCGCUGUGCCCCCUGCUCGUCACCGCGAUUUAUACCGUACCACCAUCAGCCAGCCACCACUCGCUCCUCGACAUUCCGCUUCUCUAGUCCCGAACACCGGCCGGGACUCGUUAGCCGGGUGUGCGCCGGUACGGUGUGGGAGGUACUCUGCUAGCCUCCGCUAGUACAUGUGAGGUCCAUGGGGGAGGAGGUGGCGGUGGUGCUGGAGCCACCACGGCCCAAGUCGCCGCCGAGGUACCCGGACCUGUGCGGCCGCCGGCGGUCGCAGCUGGAGCUGCAGAUGCUCAACCGCGAGAUCGAAUUCCUCAAGGACGAGCUACAAUUACUUGAAGGAGUUCCACCAGUUUCUAGAAGUUGUAAAGAGGUAAAUGACUUUGUUGGUACUAAACAAGACCCACUAAUACCGAUAACGAAGAAGACACACAGAUCAUGCCGUCUUUUUUGGUGGAUCAGAUCAAAACUGUGCAUAUGCGUGCCAUGGUUCUGCUGUUCCUGCCAUUGCAUGCCCAACUGCAAAAGGCCAUGCUUCUUGGAUUGCUCCUGCUGCUCAUGCCCAGAUCUGUCAUGCUGCUAUCCCAGCUGCAAAUCAUGCAACAAACCAUGCUUUGGGCCCAACAGCUGCUCAUGUUGCGACAUAUCAUGCCGCAAGCCAGAUUGCCCAUCCUGUACCUCGAGCUGCAGCUCGUGCUGCAAUCGGCCAUGUGGCAACCCAGACUGCAGCUCGUGCUGCACCUGCAAUCCAUCAUGCUGUAAACCAAGCUGCAACUCGUGCUGCAGACCAAACUGUAGCUCGUGCUGCAAUCUGUCAUGCUGCAAACCCAGCUGCAGCUCAUGCUUCUCAUGCUGUAAAGCGAACUCCAGCUCAUGCUGUAAACCCAAAUGCAGCUGCUUCAAGGCCCUCUCGUGCUGCAAAUUACAGUGCAGCCCAAACUGCUGCACUUGCAGUCUCCCGAGCUGCUCAGGCUGCAACCCCUGCGGCAGUUGCAAGCAAUGCUGCUCAUGCCCCAGCGACUGCUUUGAUUGCAAGCCAAACUGCGGCUGUUUCGGCGCGCAAUGCUGCAGCUGCGUGGGAUGCUGCUCGUGCUCCUGCCCUCGGUGCUCAAGCUGCUUCGGUUGCUUCAAGUACUUCAAGUGCUCCAACCUGUUCGGGUGCUGCUCCUGCAAGCAGUGCUUCAAGUGCCAGUCCUCGUGCUGCAAGGGGGCGCCGUCCUGCUGCAAAUGCCAGUCGUCGUGCUGUGAGGGUGAAGACGGCAGCAGCAGCUGCUGGAGGUCAUGCUGCAGCGUUCCGAAGCCGGAUUGCCCUGGGUGUUCGUGCGGGUGCGUUUGGUCCUGCAGGAAGUGUACAGAAGGGUGCCGAUGUUCUGGGUGCCGCAAACCAUGCUGUGCCACCGGAUGCUUGUGCUGAAGUUGAACUAGACGUUUUCUUGUUUUUUUUUAUUUGCGUGUGCUAUUUAGAUGCCUGUUGGCUUCGUUCGUGCUUUUGCUAUAUGGUGUAGCGUCCUUGCCUGUAAAGAAAUCCCAUAUCACCAGAAGAAUUUGAGACGUCAACAG